AUGUACCCACAGCAACAAAUGAGCCCACCUGGCAACAUGCAGCAGUGGAAUGCUGCAAACAGUGGGUACAGCAUGCCAUAUGCGCGGCCUUACAGCGGAUAUUCAAAUGGUACACCUCCGCAGCAGCCACAGCAACCACAACAACAAGUGCAUAUGCAAAUGUUGCCGGAUGCCCAAAUGCAACAAAUACCACAGCAACAGAUGCAGCAGCAGCCGCAACAACAGAUGCAGAUGCAGCAAGCACCGCCGCAGCAAUUUCAGCAGCAGCAAAUGCAAGGAGACUCCAACGGGCAGCAACCAAUGUGGGGUUACCCACCGCCAAAUUAUCAGGGAUACAGGGGGAACCCCAAUAUGUACGACCGAAGGUACUCUGAAGCGGCCGCGGUACCGGGUUGUUGCAACUAUGAGAGGCCGGGUGCCGCCAGUAGUGGUUGCUGCUGCACCGCCACCGAAGGGACGAAUCCGUAUUGUUGUGGACCGCCCACCGAGCCGGGGGGGCCACUGAAUUGUUGUGCCUCCAUGUGUGAUAGGACAUUUGUCGCUAUGGUAUUUUUCUUUCUGCUCAGUACCUCGGCCUUCGCCACUGUAAUGUCGCUUGGCGACAAAGACAACAUCCUUGUCAAGUUUAAGGUACCGAACACGAGGGCCCUACAGGCGAAAAUAAACAGUAAUAUUGUUUCCAGUAGCGGUGGGUGCACUGACGGAUUCUUUACCGAUUCAAGGUUGUGCAUGGGGGAUGGUAUCGAUGCUUUCGCACUUACAGUACAGCUGAAAACGUGGAGUACGCAACGGAACGCCAUGUAUUUCCUGGCCAUGAUAUAUUCCCUCUUCACUCUUUUGUAUGCUUAUUUGAUCAACUUCCACCGCCGGAGCAACAGGGGGGCAAACGAUGAGAACGAUCCUCUGGCAUCAAGUCAACAUCAACAUGGGGGUCACCAAGGGUCAGCAAUGGGCUAUCCAAGCGUGAAAGGGCAGCUGGACGCCACCAUUAACGACUCACAACAAGGCAGUCAAAAUACCCAGAUGCAGCCCGGGUUGCAGAUGUCACCGAGAACGGGUGCAGCUGAUCCCAUACAAGUCUAUGGCACACCCUUCUAUGAGACCAUGCGUUGCGCAUGGUUCGUAAUGGGUUUUGCUGUGGUUACGUGGACGUACACGCUAAUGGCAUCCUACAUGGCACAGUCGCAGCAAUAUAGAGACAGGGCAAGUGGCGAGCUACAGCAGUUCCUCACAGCAUUCCAUCAGCGGUUUAUCGCAACAGUCGUCUGUGUGACGAUCUACCUUGCGUGGCCAAUUUCAAACAUUCUGAUUGAGAUUGCGUUGUGGUUUGUGCUCAUCAUACCUUGGCUCAUCUACAGAACUAUGUGUAAUCCCGGGCUUGGUAACUUGCGACCGGAUGUUCCCCUAGAUGAGAUGCCGGGCUGCAUCCGCCUCGACAUGUUCUUUAUGGAUUUUGCGGAUACAAGGCGGCUCGGCUUCUCAGACAGCCAAUGGCGGCUGCUCACCGGAACGGGCAAACCAUUUUUCGCUUCAUGUGUUGACGAAAGCACGAUUGAUCGUGAUCCAUCCAUGCCGAGCCUUCGGUAUGCCUCUAACUGGGCCGCCGGGGCCCAACCCGGUUCGUACCCACAGGUACCCAUGAACCCGGGGCAAAUGCAGCCCCACGGGCAACAGCUACAACAGCAACAACAACAACAACAUGUGCAGCAACAACUACAACAGCAGCAGCGGAUGAUGCAGAGCAGUAUGACGGGUGACGAGGCUGAGGGAGGGGAAGUGCAUGAGCGCAGUCGCCGUCGCCGCAGGGAUCACAGCAGACGGAGGGGUGACCGCAGUCAUAGCCGCGGCGGGGCGGAGACGGGAGAAACCAUGGAACCCUCCGGCUUUGGAACUUCACCGGGGCGCUCUGUUACGGGUGAGGACGAAGGUGAUAUUCAAGCGGACCGCGGGCGCCGCAGCCGCAGCCGUCGGAGGGGCCACCGCGAUGGCAGCCGUAAUGCUCGUAGUGGAGAUUUUAAUGACUGGGAUGACCAAAGCGGUGGCGAGGGUGGGCGACGCCACAGUCGUCGGGGGCGCAGCGAAACCAAUAACAGUACAAUGAACAGCACGGGCUUCCUUAACCCUCAGGACAUCGAUAGGAUGCUGAAUGAAGUGUAG